CGGUCAGCAGGGGCGCUGUGCCGCUUCAGGUACAGGGGGCGCGUCUGCAAAGGGAAGCGGGUUUCAAUUUCAAACCCAAAUAGUCCGAGGGACGAGCCAGCGGCUUGUGGGAAAGCGCUAAUACGAGAUAGUUACACUACCGCGUUUAGUCAUAGCAACUGUAACACUAUUCAGACCACAUCUGUAUAUUUGCCCCACGUCGUGGUAAAAGUGCGUUACCCGCCGUGUCUCCGCUCCAGUUUUCCGCGCCUGGGGUUGAUUUUAUUCUGGAUAACAAACCGUCGCCUGCCUGGCUUGCUUGUUGCAGGUGUUUUUGACCACUACGGAUAGUUUACCACAUUAGUUACACACGCACAUAUAUACAUCUUACAUUUUCAACAUGCCGAGGUCCAACAGGCAAAAGGAAUACAAACCCGGAGAUCUUGUGUUUGCUAAGAUGAAGGGGUAUCCACACUGGCCUGCAAGGAUUGACGAGUUACCCGAAGGAGCUGUAAAGUCGCCUUCAAACAAGUACCAAGUGUUCUUUUUUGGAACACAUGAGACGGCAUUCUUGGGGGCCAAGGAUUUGUUCCCAUAUGAUGAAUGCAAGGAGAAGUUUGGAAAAGCAAACAAGAGGAAAGGAUUUGCUGAGGGACUCUGGGAGAUUGAGAACAACCCCACGGUCACGCAUGAAGGCUACGAGUCAUCGAAGAAGGACAACACAUCAGAAGGAGCAGGGGAUACAGGCAGUUCAGAAAAAGCAGAUGCAGAAGGCAGCAGUGACGAGGACGAAGGAGCCCUGGUCAUUGACGAGAAAAAUGAGAGGGGAGGAACCAAACGAAAAGCAGAGGAGUCCACAGAGACCUCUCCGAAGCGGCCAAAGGAUACAGAGGCGGAAGGUGACUCUAAAAUAGACGGUAACCAGUCUAACGUGGAGCCCAAGCUCAACGAUGUGGCUGGACCCAAGGCGACUGCUCCCAGUGAGUCGAAACCAGAGGCCCAGGAAAAUGCUCCAGCAGGGGGCCAGCAAACAGCAGAGAAGCCUGCGACAGACAGCGCUUAACAUCGACUCAGAAGAAAACCACAAACCUUUGACGCUUCUCUCUGGAAUUUAAGCAUCAACACAAUUACCUGCAGGAUGCCAGAUUUCAGCCGUUUAAUUAAUAAGAGAAUUUUAAAACAAACAAAUAAAUUAAAAAAAACAACCUAAAUGUUUGUAUUGAGAGACAAACAAAUACUCAUUUGCCAUUUUUUGGGAUAUCAUAUAUCCCAGAAAGAAAAAGUUUGCUAAUCUGAUUUCAAAACAAUUGAAUUGAGCACUUUAGGGCUCAUUUAUAAAUGGGAUUUUGGUGUGUAUAUAUUUUUUAUUUCUAAGUGCAAUUACAACGACUGAAUGCUAGGUGUCAAAACAUUUUUCAGCUUAGAGGGGGAUAAACACUGAAUAUAUGGUAAAUUUAAAAAAAAAAGAACAUUAAAAUCACAAGGAAAAAACAUUUAUUUGACAAAUGCUCCCAUUUGAUGGUUUUAAAAAGUAGAUAUUGUACAGGCGAUAGAACAAAUUUUCAUCAAUGCUCUUAGCUUAAGUUCAUAAUUUUACUGCUUCCAUUUGUAUCACCUAGCUUUUCAGCCUCAUUUAAAUCAUUUAUUCUGUCAUUGGAAAUAUGAUUGAAUAUUCAGAGGUUUUUUGUUUGUUUGUUUGUUUGUUUUCUGCCCCCAUUAUUGUUGUCUGUUUUGCCCUAUGACAUUUGUAUGCAAAUGUGUUGUUUUGGUGUGUAUGCUUGAUUGCGAGUGACCAAAGUACGUGAUUCAUUUCACAGGAACCCAUAUGUGGAAUUAAUUAUGUAAACCCCUUUUGAGAAAAGCAAAUUUAGGAUUUAAGCCCCUCUGCUACUCAGUUUAGGCCUCAGUCAUGCCGGCCUAGAAACCAGUUGGCAACCAUCUGGCAACCACUUAAAUGUGCAUUCCCAAUCACUUGGUGAGAAGUUGCUGGCAGUUGCAAGCUGAAACUAUUUGCAAAGAAAUAUACGGAGCUGCACUGAAAACCUUAUGAGUGCUUUGGGUGCUCUCAGGUUGCUGUACUUGUGUAGAAGAUGCCGACUUGUCUGCAAACAUUUGUCACCUAGUUGCGUAGCUGUAGUAAAACGCAACUCAGAAACUGAGACUGUUCCCCAAAGAUGUUGGGUGCGAACUUUUAUUCUGAAGUCGGAACAUUCUUCAUUUCUGGUUUGUGUCAAACUUUCACAAAGUUUCACUUCCGCAGAACCAUUAGUUGUGUUUGCAGACAACUCGGUGUCUCCCUCCCAAACUACAGUAGACCAUGGUAAUCUGCUAGCAACCAAAUGAAUCACAAGGAGGGGUUAAUUGUAAUUCUAACAGAUCUAAAAUUUGUGACUAAGCCCAUAAACACAAGAGUCAAGACAGAAAGCUGUUUUCCCAGAAUUCAAUAGGACCAGAAGUCUUUUUAUAAUUACAGUUCAGAUACAAUGCAGAUUUAGGGCACUUCCACGUUAGCUUCAUCCAUGUCUUUUACUGAUAUCAGCUAGCAACAACCGCUGGCCAAAUGGUCAGGGAGUGCACGUUUCUUCUUGGUGACUGGCGGUUGCUUGGGAGUUACCGACCUGUCCCUAGGCCUGUGUGACUGAGGCCUUACGUAAGGAGACAUUCCUGAGUGAUGUUCUGUCUGAGCAGAAUCUUGAAACUUUAGCAUCAGGUUUCCCAAACAUAGAUUAAUUCCAGUGCCAGACUUGGAAAAAAAUUAAGAAAAAAAAGAUGCUGUAGGCUUAAUCCUUAUCUGGGGAAACUGAGCCUUAAAGGUAAUGUGGAGCAGUGGUAAUGACUGCAAGGGGAAGGUUGUUGGCAUCACCCCUCUAUGUGGAAAUUAUCUGGAAAAGUCUUCUAAAAUUCAGUUUCAUGUUGUGAUUUCACAUUUAGCUUACAGUAGUUCCACUGUUGCUUGAAGCUGUUGAAAAAAAACUUGUUCAGAAAUGUAUUCUCGAAACCUUUGAAACGAGUCGUUGAUCUGGACUGCACAAAGUGAGAUUCAUUGAAAGAAACAAGAAACUGAAUAUGGGUAAAUACAGAGAGUUAACCAUUUGUAAAUCUUCAGUUUAUGACUUUCUUUUCUUGGUUUCCCACCCUCUUAACUGGAAUACUAAUCUGUUUGACUUCAGUGGUCUUAUUAUUUUGACUGUGAAACAAAGUUGUGAUGUGUUUUAUUCCAACAUCUGUUUAGACGACAUGUUCAGAAUAUGGUGUUAUUUUCCACUGUAACAGUAUCCCAAGGAGUUCGGGCCCUUUCACCCACGCCAUUUGGAUGUCAUCGUCAUCGCUUCAGUGUUCUUUCAUGUAAUUAGCAGCGUUAGAUGAUAGUUUAUCACACUAUGAACUUUUAAGGGAAAGCUCAGCUCUGAAUGUUGUGUCGAAGAUGGCCAUCUUCCCAUCGCCACACCGCUGAUUUAAAAACCUUAAAAUGGUCAAAGGCCGGAUCUGGAGGUUAUUCAAAAGUUUAAUUUGGUAUUAAAGUGUAAAACUUUCUUUUGUUGUUGUUUUUGGGGGGGUGGGGGUUAGCCUUCUGUUACUUUUGGAAGCUGCCAUUCAUCUUAAUCUGCUGCUUUGUUUACUAUUGUAGUUGCCAGACCAUUUAAUAAACAUGUUGAUUACAAA